GCGUGCGCACGGCCAUGCACUAGGCAGGGCCGCCCUAUGCGCGCGGGCAGCGCCGACCGCCGCUCCGGGCCGCUCCCGCCGCCGCCCGCCGCCCUCCCCGCCCGCGCCCGCGCCCGCGCCGCAGCCCGAGCCGCCGCCCGCCCUAGGCCCGGGCGUCGAGGAGCCGGCGGCGCGGCCAUGUGGGGCUAACCCGCGCCGCGCCGGGCUUGCAGCGGGGCCGGCAACAUGGAGGCGGCCGUCGGCGUCCCCGACGGCGGGGAGCGGGGCCCCCGCGCCGACGCGACGCCCAUGGACGCCUAUCUGCGGAAGCUGGGCUUGUACCGCAAGCUGGUGGCCAAGGACGGCUCGUGCCUCUUCCGGGCCGUGGCCGAGCAGGUACUGCACUCCCAGUCUCGCCACGUUGAAGUCAGAAUGGCCUGCAUUCACUAUCUCCGAGAGAACAGAGAGAAGUUUGAAGCGUUUAUAGAAGGGUCAUUUGAAGAAUAUUUAAAACGUUUGGAAAACCCACAGGAAUGGGUUGGACAAGUGGAAAUAAGUGCCCUCUCUCUCAUGUACAGGAAAGACUUUAUAAUUUAUCGGGAACCAGAUGUUUCUCCUUCACAAGUGACUGAAAAUAAUUUUCCCGAAAAGGUAUUACUAUGUUUUUCAAAUGGAAAUCAUUAUGAUAUUGUCUAUCCUAUAAAAUAUAAAGAGAGCUCUGCUGUGUGUCAGUCUCUCCUUUAUGAAUUGCUGUAUGAAAAGGUGUUUAAAACUGAUGUCAGUAAAAUCUUCAUGGGAUUAGACAGCUCUGAAGUAGCUGAAGAAAACAACAGUGAAAUAUCAGACUCAGAGGAUGACAGUUGCAAGAAUAAAACUACCACUGCUAAUGACAUGAAUGGACAUAAAGCCUUAUCGAAUGAUCAGCACCCGAAAAACAACGGGAACUCUCCUGGCCUUCCUCUGUCUAGAAAAGUCCUCAAGUCACUCAACCCGGCAGUGUAUAGGAAUGUGGACUAUGAGGUUUGGCUGAAAUCCAAACAAGCUCAACAGAAGCGUGACUACUCCAUUGCUGCUGGAUUACAGUAUGAAGUUGGAGACAAAUGCCAAGUUAGAUUGGAUCACAAUGGAAAAUUUUCUAAUGCAGACAUACAAGGGGCUCACUCUGAAAAUGGACCAGUUUUAGUCGAAGAACUUGGAAAGAAACAAUCACUGAAAAACCUCAAAACAGCUCCCUCAGAAAGCUGGAACACAGUGUCAGGGAAGAAGAUGAAAAAACCUUCCACUUCUGGACAGAAUUUUCAUUCUGACGUGGAUUACAGAGGGCCAAAGAACUCCAGCAAGCCAGUAAAAGCCCCCUCAGCACUACCUCCUCGGCUCCAGCACCCUUCUGGAGUGAGACAGCACACGUUCUCAGCGGGGCCACAAUCUCAGAAACCCUCUAGUGAGCACAGAAACCUUAACAGGACACCUUCACAGAUCAUAAGAAAAUCAGACCGUGAAAGAGCUGAAGAUUUUGAUCACACAAGUCGAGAAUCUAAUUAUUUUGGCCUCUCCCCAGAAGAGCGAAGAGAGAAGCAAGCUAUAGAAGAAUCUCGUUUACUUUAUGAGAUUCAGAACAGAGAUGAACAGGCUUUUCCAGCUCUUUCUAGCCCAUCAGUGAGUCAGUCCGCUUCUCAGAGUAGCACCCUGUGUGUCCAGAAGAAAUCAUCACACGCGAGCGACAGGAAAGGAAGCAGACGGAGGGCGGAUGCUGAAGAGCGAAAAGAUAAAGACACUCUCCAUGGACACUCACACCUGGAUAAAAAACCAGAGCCAAGCACAGUGGAGAGUGUUAGUGAAGAUAAAAGUGCAAGAAUUUCAUCACCAUCAAAGUCAAAAAAAUUAGAAAGCUCAUCUCUUGCAGAACAAAAGCCAGGAGAACAUGUGUCAUUGUCAAAUCCAGCUCCCCUUCUAGUUUCUCCAGAGGUACAUCUAACUCCUGCGGUGCCUUCUUUACCAGCCACUGUGCCAGCCUGGCCAAGUGAACCCACAACUUUUGGACCAACAGGUGUCCCUGCUCAAAUUCCCGUUUUGUCUGUGACACAGACUCUGACCACUGGACCUGAUUCUGCUGUGUCCCAAGCCCAUCUGACACCCUCACCAGUUCCUGUGUCCAUACAGGCAGUUAACCAGCCCUUGAUGCCUUUGCCUCAGACACUGAGCCUUUACCAAGACCCACUCUAUCCUGGCUUUCCUUGUAAUGAAAAGGGAGAACGAGCCAUCGCACCACCUUACUCACUGUGUCAUACUGGAGAGGACCUGCCUAAAGAUAAGAACAUUCUUCGGUUCUUUUUCAAUCUUGGUGUAAAGGCAUAUAGCUGUCCUAUGUGGGCCCCGCAUUCUUACCUGUACCCUCUGCACCAGGCGUACCUGGCAGCCUGUAGGAUGUACCCAAAGGUCCCCGUGUAUCCUAACACUUGGUUUCCAGAAGCUCCUGCUCAGAAUGACAGUGACUGUACCUGCACCGACGCUCACUUUCCCAUGCAGACUGAGGCCGGCGUUAACGGCCAGAUGCCGCAGGCAGAGAUGGGGCCGCCCGCCUUCUCUUCACCUCUGGUUAUCCCUCCGACUCAGGUGUCUGAAGGUCACGGACAGUUAACUUACCAGGCCGAUCUGGGUUCUGAAAACUCCGGGCAGCUUCUGCAAGCGGAAUAUGGAGAGUCUCUAGGUGGCAAGAAUAUGUUCCCACAGCCGUCCUUUGGACCUAACCCAUUCAUGGGCCCUGUCCCCAUCGCACCUCCGUUCUUCCCCCCCGUCUGGUAUGGGUAUCCUUUUCAAGGGUUCAUAGAAAACCCCGUCAUGAGGCAGAGCAUUGUUCUGCCCGCGGAUGAGAAAGGAGAGUUGGACUUGCCCCUAGAGAACCUGGACCUGUCCCGAGAGUGUGGGUCAGUGUCUGCGGCCAGCCAGUGUCAGGACGCCGGCAGGGAAGGUGCACGGUCUCUCCCCGAGGCGCAGGCGGCGCUGACCCCGCAGGCAGACCAGGCACCCACGCCCAUGUCCCCCGGGCCAGAGGGAAAGGUCCAGCGCCCCACUCAGAUUCUCAGCAGAGAAAGGGAAGCUGUGCCUGCUGAGCUGGAGCCCAAAAGGACCAUUCCAAGUCUGAAAGAGAAGCCAGAGAAAGUGAAAGACCCUAAAAGUGCUGCAGACAUGGUGAGUGGGGCCAGCUCCGUGGAGGGCAGAGUGCAGAGACCAAAGGAGGAGAGCUCAGAAGACGAAAGUGAAGUGUCUAGUAUUCUGAAAAGCGGGCGAUCCAAGCAUUUCUAUAAUCAGACUUACGGAAGCAGGAAGCACAAGGGGGACUGGGGCAACGCCAGCAGGGGAGGCUACCAGCACGCCCGGGGCGAGGAGUCCUGGAAAGGGCAGCCCGGCCGAAGCCGAGACGAAGGUUUCCAGCACCAUCGCAACGCCAGAGGACGGCCAUUCCGAGGGGACCGGAGGCGCUCGGGGAUGGGAGACGGCCACCGCGGACAGCACACCUGAUGGCGGCCACAGCCGCCUCUCCCCGCAGUGUCUUACAGCAGAAACCCUUUCUUAGAUGGAAUGUCUCUGAAGGCUUUAAAUUCGUUAAAAUAAAAACCCAAAUUGGAAUUCUCUCUCCUCCCCCUCCCCCUUUGCUCUCACUCUCAUCCUGGACAAGUGAGUCUGGACUUGAUUUCAAGGGAGUGGUGACUUGCUGGCGUUGCUGUUUUACUUUGUUCAAAAUUCUAUUAGGGUGAUUGUCCCCAUCAAAAGUAGAAAAUAAGUUUGUUAAAAUAUUUUUUAUAAACAGCUUAAUAUAAAACAUAGAUUUAGUGUUUGGUUUUUUUCCCUUACAUAUAUCUAAUUUCAAACGCUGGAACUCUGUGCUUUAGAGUGAAGUGACAAGAAAAGAUACCAUUUGACACACUAUAGAUUCCAAAACAUAACAUUGCACCAAAUAGAAACGUAUAUUUUAUUAUGCAAUGCCUUAGUCAUAAACUGGGCUCAAACGAUUCUCAGCCUGAAACACUGUCUUUUGAAAUGCUUCCAACCCAAAGGCCUUUCAUCUCAAUAUCUGUCAAACUUGAAUAAUGUCUUCUCUUUAAUAUUACACAUAAGGCAGCCUAUUAACCUGUGUCUUAGAAAUGUUGUAUAUAAUUCUUUUAAUAUUCAUAGGGUAUAUUUUUGAAUUUCGGUGAAUAUUUGUUGAACUUGAUCACAUACAAGAGCAGGUGUUUAAGAAGUAAUAGGAAAUUAAUGAAAUGGCUGUUUCCACCAAGAACUCUUAGCACUGGUGUACGUAUCAUGGUGCCUACUUGUAAGAAAUGUAGAUGCUAUGCAUUUUGAAAAUACUCUGCACCUGUUAAAACUGCAGAUGUUUUUUAAUGCCACUUUAACACUAAUGCACUGACAGAUUCAAAUAUUUUGUGAGAAGAAAUGUUUAAAUUUUUAGCUUGCCAGGUUUCUGUAGAGAGGUGAUGUUCUGUUUUUCUUCUCGCACCGUCGGUUACGUGUAUCACUUUACAUUUGCAUGUUCAGGUUGUCAUGGCUGGAACUAUUGUACAAAAACGAUGACUGUAUCCUCUAGUUCUUCUCUAGAGGGUGCUGCUAGGAAAUGGUCUUGCUUUGCAUUUUGUAGCUUGUUACCUCUUGGUGACAUGUUGUGACCCUGCCUCUUCCCAGUCCGCAGUAUUCACUUAGAGAAGCCCACCCCCCCCCCCUUGCAUGUUGUACUCUGAUUUCAUUUGGAGAUUUGAUUCUCUGAAUUAACACAGUAUUCACUUAUCUGUGUUAUUCUGUAAAAAUAACUAGUUAGGUUUCUGAUUUGUACAUACCAAUGUGAAAAUUGACCCUUUUAAUUUUCUCUUUGGAUCAGGAAGUUUGAGUGCUAUGCAAAUAACUUAGUAGUUAUUUCUCUUUGCAUGCCAGUUGUAAUAUACCUAGCCAAAAGUAAUUUUUCUAAAGACAAAAUUUACUUUAAAAAGAUAUAAUUCACUUGAAUUUGACAAACUGAAGCAGAUUGUUUUUUCUGGGUUUUCUGAUAAGCUGUAGGAAUGUUUGGAUGCCAGCUAGGCUCAGUGAAUCUCCACUGUACUGUAAUAAUGGUUAUUUACCUCCGUGUUGUUUUAAUCACUUAAUGUCUGUGUAACUGCUGAUUUGAGUAGUGAUUAGCAUUUAGAUGUUUUGUAACUUAAGGUUUUAGAGAGCACUUUGAAAGAUAUCUUUUUAUUAUGAUGGUGCUAGGUAAGAAAUUGUAAAGAUUGGAUGGUUGUGUGAAAAAGAACAACUUCCUUGAGAAGGCCUGUUGAAAGGAAUCUCUGUUGUCAUCUUCUAAGCUAAGGCAGUUGGGGAAGGUACUGCUUAAGCUUUUUUUUUUUUUUCUUCUUAGUAAACAGCAACAGUUACUAGGGAAUGUUUAGAGGGUCCUCCACUUCCAGCUCAUGCUUAUUUAGGGUUAGCUUACCUGAUGAUUUUUAUGAAAAAAAAAAAAUCACACUUUGACUUGUUUCAGAAGUUCAAUACAAGUUUGAUCUCAGGAGUCUAAGCAGAAUUGCUGUUUCCAGAGCCCUUUAUUUGAUUGACUGGGACUUGAUUUUCUCAGUUUCUUCUGGAAAUGCUUAAAGAUUGGCUAGGAAAGAAUACUGUUUGUUCUUCAUUUAUUCACUGUCACUGUCUUACCUCAACUGAGUAACUGAAUACUCUCCUUGACGGGAAUACUGAUUAGCUCCCUGUUUCCCAGAAUUACCUCCAGGACAUCAUGGCAACAGUGAUGAACGAGAACGUUUGCAGGUGGUACUUUCCUCAGUGACCUCUGGAGUAAAAGAGCCCUGACUUUUGAUAAUUACUUUUACAGUUAUCAAUCUUUCUAUGAAAGGCCAGUUUUGUUACUUUCCUUAGGAAUUAAGGGAAAGCGUUUUUAACCAUUUUAAUUCCAAGGGGUUUUGCCUUACACUGAGGUCGAAAUAGGGCCAAGCAAAGCUCUUGUGCUUCAUUUUAAUUGACCAGAGAUAAUGUUUCCAUUAGUGUGAGAAAAUCAAAAGCUUAGAAGAGAGGAGCACCUGUAGUUAGUUUUGAGUUGGGAAUUAUGGAACUUUUGCUGUAUUAUGUUCAAAUACAUUUGGAAGAACAAAUGUUUAGAAUGACCAAAGCACACCCUUUCCUUUUAGUUGCUUUUACGAAGCUUGAUUCCUGCCCUUUUCCUUGUGGAACUUCAUAGAUAUUUCACUGCAAGUUCAUUUCCUGUCAGACAAAUCAAGUCUCACCCCGUGGACUGGUUGGCAGUGGGAUGCUGGCUUCUGCGGUUCUCUUCCUUCCUGUUUCCUCGUGGCCCCCCUCGGAGCCCUGCAGGCAGGUUCCUUUCGGUGACUGACUUAAUCUCAGACCCUGCCAUCAGCUGGCAGGCAGCAGAGGUGUCCCAGCUCAGCAGCUUUCAGAUGCAGAUAUUAUGGAUUCGCAGUGCUGCUCCCUUUAUGGCUCACAGUGGAACUGCUAUGCCGUGAGCUGCAAACCUGCUUAUGAUUGACUUGGUGCAAUAAAGUUCCUUUCUAACCACUUCUGCUUUAGGAAACAUUCAGCCAUCCUAGAAAACUAGCAAUAUUUAUUUAUGCCUCAUUUGUUUCACCUUCAGUUAGAGGUGAGGUAAACUUAGUCUUUCACAUGGGUACUGAGAAGGUCCAUUUCAGUGUAGCUGAAGAGAGUGACCUGUUUGGCUACACUCUUUCUGUUUACUGUAUUUUACUCCCUAUUUUGUGUCUAAACUUGUAUUUGUUUAAAAUUUUAGUAAUGGCUCGGCUCUAUAAUGUUGAUUUCAAAGAGUAAUAAGUUUCACUAGUGUCAGCCAUUUAGUGUCCCACUGAUUGGGACUGUCCACUAAUUCGAGCUUUUCCCCCAAAAAAUGUUCUGGAAAAUCCUAGAAGAGGGGUGGGUGCAUGUCUUAAUGCUGGGGAGAUAGCAGUUUUGGGGUUGAAUUUACUUGAAUGGAUUAAAAACUGCAUUGUUACAGAACUAGAAAAAACUUUUAUGUAUGAAAAAUGAUAAUAGCCUUACACUGAGGACAAAUACUUAAAAGCAUGUGAAGAUGUGAUCAUUUGUGAUGUCACUUGUAAAAAAAAAAAGGUAUAUUAUACUUUUGAAGUGUUGAAAGGAAAAUAGUACUUUAUAUUCUUUAUCAUAUCACUUUUUGUAAGUGUUGAAUAUAUUCCUGUUUAUUUUUCUAUGUUCUGUUUUGUAGCCUUAAGAAGUGUUUCAAACAUCUGAAUGUAUAAAACAAGAGUAAAUGCCCUACAUGGUGUGAUGCUGCAUUAUAGAUACAACUGUGUGCAUAUAUUAAAUUUUGUCUCUUGAUUCUG